GGGCGGGGCGGCUAUGCGGCUGACUUGACCUUCCCAAUAUGGCGGAGCCCCCCCCCCCCCCCCCGCAUGUGAGGGCGGACCCCAGAGGCGCCGAAACCAAUGGCGGACCGCGAGAGGCGCGGGGGCGGGGAAUACGGCGGCCGCUUGCCCAACCCGAGGCUCGGGAGGUGGAUGGGGAGUGAAUUUUCUGGAAGGCGACUUUAAAGGCGCCGGGCCGGAGUGAAGGGCGUUUGAGUGCCUCCGUCUCCGCCACCCGGGCGGGGUUGGGGGGGGUGCGUUAGUGGCAGGAAGCGGGCUGCGCCGAGGUCGUAGCGGAACCAGCUGGUGACCUCGCAGGAUGAACCACAAGAGCAAGAAGCGCAUCCGCGAGGCCAAGCGGAGUGCGCGGCCGGAGCUCAAGGACUCACUGGAUUGGACCCGGCACAACUACUACGAGAGCUUCUCGCUGAGCCCGGCGGCCGUGGCGGAUAACGUGGAAAGAGCGGACGCUUUACAGCUGUCUGUGGAAGAAUUUGUGGAGCGGUAUGAAAAACCUUACAAGCCCGUAGUUUUGUUGAAUGCUCAAGAGGGCUGGUCUGCGCAGGAGAAGUGGACUCUGGAGCGCCUAAAAAGGAAAUAUCGGAACCAGAAGUUCAAGUGCGGUGAGGAUAACGAUGGCUACUCAGUGAAGAUGAAGAUGAAGUACUACAUCGAGUACAUGGAGAGCACUCGAGACGACAGCCCCCUUUACAUCUUUGACAGCAGCUAUGGCGAACACCCUAAAAGAAGGAAACUUUUGGAAGACUACAAGGUGCCCAAGUUUUUCACUGAUGACCUUUUCCAAUAUGCUGGGGAGAAGCGCAGGCCCCCUUACAGGUGGUUUGUGAUGGGGCCACCACGCUCUGGAACUGGGAUUCACAUCGACCCCCUGGGAACCAGUGCCUGGAAUGCCUUAGUUCAGGGCCACAAGCGCUGGUGCCUGUUUCCUACUAGCACCCCCAGGGAACUCAUCAAGGUGACCCGAGAAGAAGGAGGGAACCAGCAAGAUGAAGCUAUUACCUGGUUUAAUGUUAUUUAUCCCCGGACACAGCUUCCAACGUGGCCGCCUGAAUUCAAACCCCUGGAAAUCUUACAAAAACCAGGAGAGACUGUCUUUGUGCCAGGAGGCUGGUGGCAUGUUGUCCUCAAUCUCGACACUACUAUCGCCAUCACCCAAAAUUUUGCCAGCAGCACCAACUUCCCUGUGGUAUGGCACAAGACGGUAAGAGGGAGACCAAAGCUGUCAAGGAAGUGGUAUAGGAUCUUGAAGCAAGAGCACCCCGAGUUGGCAGUCCUGGCGGACUCGGUUGACCUUCAGGAGUCCACAGGGAUAGCCUCCGACAGCUCCAGUGACUCUUCCAGCUCCUCUAGCUCCAGUUCAUCAGACUCCGACUCAGAGUGCGAGUCUGGAUCUGAGGGUGAUGGGACAGUGCACCGCAGAAAGAAAAGGAGGACAUGCAGCAUGGUGGGAAACGGGGACACCACCUCCCAGGAUGACUGUGUCAGCAAAGAGCGCAGCUCCUCCAGGAUUAGGGACACUUGUGGAGGCCGGGCUCACCCCUGAGCAGAUAAAGAGACUCUCCCUGAGGUGGCUUCAUCGUAAGCUUUUGGCAGCCACCCAACUCAGUUCUCGCAUCUUCUGCUCCUACCUUCUCUGUCUUCUUUGAAUUUGGAUAUUCCUUCCCUGGUCCAACCUCCUCUCUUCGAUCAAAUGCUGUUUUUACUGCUUCCUAAGGAUAGAUUUUCAAGAAGUUUAACAGCUCAGCCAGCUCAGUGAAACACAAGCUAAUGUGGUGUUGGGUAAGAAGGUUCUGUGCCGUCUCAUUGAAAACCAAGCCAGUCAACUGCAAGGCUGGCGGGGUGUGAUCUUUGUAACGUCUUGUUGUGUCUGUUACCUCACGGAUGUCAGUAAGCAGCUUCCACAGAGCCGGCUGUGUACCGCAGAGACACUGAGCGUGGUGUGUGGACUUUGAUCUGUCUAUGAGCCAAUCGUGUCGGAAAGACUCGGAGUCCGCGCUCCUUCUGGUAUGUCGCCAUCAGUCCAGAGAUGCAUUCAGUGGCAGUGACCAGCACCAUCACCCACCGCUCAGUCUGUCUUAUGGUUCCUUACCUUUUCCUCCACCAUCACAAAGACUGUAACAUUUGAGGGGUGUUUGUGCAUGGUGUAUUUUUUGGGUGGUGAUACAUUGAGUUUUUUGUUUGCAUAGAAUGGGGGAUGGUGUUCAGUGUGUUCUUACCACAGAACUUAAAAUAUGAAUAGGCUCAUUAUUCCCCACCACAGGAUCCAUCAGAAGCGCUCACUGUGCGAGGUACUCUUGAGAUUAGUGUUCCCAUUUGCUUGACCUGCAGACACUAAGUGGGUGGCUUGUGUUACACAUGGGGAGUGAAUUCAGAGAUGCCUCUAGUCUUUGGAAUCUUGAUACUUCUAAAGAACUGGUAUGACUAUUUGGGGAUUGACCAGCAGAUGCCAUCUCUUGCCCUCUUGAUUCACCUGCUUGCCUUAAUUUGUUCCUAAAUUCCAACUGUACUUAAAUAAAAAAUAAGAGGGGUUUGUGAAGCCUGUGGUGCCCACUGGGAAGCACUGCCUCGGCUGGAGUAGUGGAGGCAUUCGCAGACAGGAGGGAAGGAGUAUUCCACGGGCACGGAUGGAGGCUGUGUGUGGAUGCGUUAGGAUUGUGUGCUGUUGCCUCUCAAAAUACCCACUAGAAACAUGUAUAAUCAGGAGAAUACAGGCUCUGCCCACUGUUCACUUAUUAACAGAUUGUCAUUUCCUGGCAUUGGGUCAUGUGGCUUUAGAAAGCUGGUUCGCUCUUUUUGCCUUAGUUCAAUUUUCUGCAUCCUAAAAUGCCAGCCCCGGUGUGUGGCUGGGUAGACAAAACUGUGCUGCCUGCCUGCCAUGGGGGCUGUUCUCCCUCCUCAUCCCCGCACCUGCAGCUCCCUCAGUUACGUGGUGGGCACAGGAUGUGCUUGGGUGUGAGUAAAGUCAAACCCUGAAUGUAAAAUCUCUUGGUAGUAAUAUCCGAGUGGUGUUGCUCCUUCUGCUUUUUGAAAAGCUUUUCUUGCCAUCUUCAAAAGCUUACUUUUCCCCAGCAUUGCUCCUAUGCUGCCAUACUUGGCCUUUUUCCUUAUUUCCUCUCAAUUUUGUAUCAGCGACUCCUCUCUAAACUUCAGUUCAAAAUUAAAAACAGCCCAAAAAAAGCUCUUUGCCACCAGGGGGCAAGGUGGAACACGUGGCCAGUGGUCUGGAGAGUGGAGCAGAAAUUUUGAAUUUUAAGACUUAGCCUUGGCCGGGCGCGGUGGCUCACGCCUGUAAUCCCAGCACUUUGGGAGGCCGAGGCGGGUGGAACACGAGGUCAAGAGAUCGAGACCAUCCUGGUCAACAUGGUGAAACCCUGUCUCUACUUUAAAUACAAAAAAUUAGCUGGGCACAGUGGCGUGUGCCUGUAAUCCCAGCUACUCAGGAGGCUGAGGCAGGAGAAUUGCCUGAACCCAGGAGGCAGAGGUUGUGGUGAGCCGAGAUUGAGCCAUUGCACUCCAGCCUGGGUAACAAGAGCAAAACUCUGCCUCAAAAAAAAAAAAAAGACUUAGCCACCCAGGCCAGGUACAGUGGUUCACACCUGUAAUCCCAGCACUUUGGGAGGGUGAGGCAGGGGAAUCGCGUGAGUCCAGGAGUUCGAGACCAGUCUGGGCAACAUAGUGAGAUCCCGUCUCUCAAAAAAAUAGUAAUUUAGAAAAUAAAGAUUAGCCACCCAGUCUUCCUUUUCCAGAUGCUAAAGUUGAUUCCUAUUUGAUAACAGUAUCCAAAAAUGAGGGGAAUAACACAUUUCUGUUAUUCAGCUCUCCUGAAGGUGUCUGGAGAGUAAGGAUUAUGUACUUCUGUGACAUGCUUUGUUCGUUCCUGCCAGGCCAGGGAUACAGCAGCCCUUCCCCCCAGCCCCCUUACUGUCACUGUGGGCUAGCCAGGCUUGUUGUUACGUAAGCACAGCAGGGGCGAGGUGGAGCAACUGUGUGUGAGAAAGGACUGGAGCAGUGGUGGGUGGUCAGGGUAGAGUAGGAAGCAUGGGUACCCAGAGACCACCUGUUCAGACGUUGACUCUUCUACCCAUCUGGCAUAAGGUAUUCCAUUGAAUGGUACCAGCAACAGUGAAGUGAAGGAGAUAAUGUUAGAUUAUUUUCAGGGAUGAUUCUGCAAGAUGACAGCAAAUCUUAAAACCAAUGAGCUGGUCCUAGAAGAAGGGAUCUUGAACUGUUAACUUCUGAUGGAUGGAGCAGGGUGGGAGAGACAUGAGUGGGGGAUCUAGAACAUCAGGAGGGCCUGGCUGUCUCUGUGAAUGUGGCUUCACCAUCAGCCCGAAGAAUCCAUACUGCACACAUGUGCCUCUGCAGUUAGUGGUGCUGGGAUGUUUAGGGUGACAUCCUGAGGGGAAAGCCACUAAAAAGAGGGGCAUUAUUUACAUUUUGCUGUAUUCUUGCAGCUGUCCAUGUCUUAAUAAUUCAAGUGUGGAGCCGAUGUUUGAGGGCCAGGCACUGCUCUGGGUGCUGGAGAUGUGGUGACAAGCCCAGGUCCCUGACGAGCUCCACAAGCUUACUGGACAGUGGCUGUGCAGCUGUUCACAAGGCUGCUGGGGAGGGUGGGUAGACCUGUGCCUGUGCAUUUCCACAACCAGAAAAGGUAGUGCAGACCUUCUUAAAUGCAGGUGUACUAGAUCUACAUCCAGGAGUGUGAUUCAUAUAGCUGUAUACUUAAGGUAGUAACAGUUUCUUCAUAAGGUAGCAAAAUUAAGGAUCCGUGGGAAGGUUACUGGUGCAGGUGCUUUACAGACUUACUAGAAACUCAGCCUUGGAUUUAGGACAUUAGACAAGAGUAUAGGAUGGAACAAAAUUUUUGCAGUAAAUGUAAAAUAUGCUGUGUAGGAGGCAGGCAUUAUAAGGAUACCCCAGCUGUAGAUUCUUUAGAUUGUCUAUAGUAUUUCCAUGAGUAAGUUGUUUUUGAUACGUGUGCUGGUACUGCUGGUGGAUUUAAAGUGGAGUCUGGUGGUGGCUUCCACUCUGCCUUCUCACUAGCUUAUGUCAAGAUGUGACAUUGUAUACAGCAAAACUAGAUGAACUUGCACCCACACUCAGUGGCUCUCAACUUUGUCUCAUUAUUAGUUCAGAAAUUUUGGCCAGGUGCCAUAGCUCACUCCUGUAAUCCUAGCAGUUUGGGAAGCCAAGGUGGGUGGAUCACUUGAGGUCAGGAGUUCAAGACCAGCGUGGCCAACAUGGUGAAACUCCUUCUCUACUAAAAAUACAAAAAUAGCCGGGCAUGGUAGCCCACGCCUGUAAUUUCAGCUACUUGGGAGUCUGAGGCAGGAGAAUCACUUGAACCCGGGAGGCAGAGGUUGCAGUGAGCUGAGAUUGUACCACUGUACUCCAGCCUGGGCUACAGAGAGAGACUCUGUCUAAAAAAAAAAAAAAGAAAUGACAUCUAAGCCCCACUGAGCCUCUUGGGAGGAGAGCUAGCCUGGGUCAGCUGUCUCCACCGUGACUGGAAGCUACGGAGGAGCUGGGACUGUUACCUUCCCACUUGUGCAUCCUGGAGUUGUCAACACCGAGCAGUCUCCUAGUUCUGUGUCCGUCAUGGGGUCUGCCAUGAAAUGCCUGUGGAUCAGCCAUUGGGUUGGUGUUUUUAACUUUCACUUGGGUGAAACUUGUUCAUCAUUUUAAAUAAAGCAACGUGAUUUGUGUUUUUA